GCAACAAAAGGCCGCGCGGGGGAAAAGGGCGGAAGGGUUGGAGCCGCCAUGCAGAUGAGGCAACUUGUUUUUGCUCGGCGCCGAACCUGGCCAGGGGGUCUUGAGAGAAAAGGCGAAAUGUAUGCGUAUGCAAAGCGCCGAAUCAGUUGUCUCACGGAGCGCUGCCGCUGCGGCGACGGACCGUUCGGCGGGCGCGAGCGCGCAUACAAGGAGGCCGCGCCGGAAGGGAAGGGCACGCCGGAGGGAGCCCGGACGAGCCGAGCUCGGCCGCCAGGACAAAACGCUCCGCGCCGCGCCGCCGCGGAAACACUGCUCGCUGCCCGCGGCCAGCCGGAGGCCGCAGAAUCACUGCCGGCCCAGCGGACGCCGGCCGCCGACGCGUCGACUCCGCGCGCCGCCUCCGCCAACAGGUGCGGCGCUGCCUCACCACGUGCAGUGUGUUCACGCCGGCCGCAGUCUUUUGUUAGCGGUGGAGCCUUUAUCCACAUGGCAGACAUUGAAAGACUCGUAUUAUAACCCACUGUGUGCAGGAGCGCGCCCAUAUGUGAGCGUCCGCUAUGGCGGCGGGCGCCGCGACGCCGCCUCCCGCGCCGGGAGACGCCAUUCGCCGAGCGCCGCGGCGCCCCACCCGCGCUGCCGCCAUGUUGUGCCGUGGCGACACGAGCCGAGCCCACGUGCGUGCAGCCUCAGUGACCGCAUCAUGGAGUCUGGCGCCGAUCUCGACAGUCAGCUGAUCGCUCGAGACGUCACGCUCAUGGAAAACACGAGUUUUGAAGUCCCUCUGACCUCACACGUAACACCUGUCACCCUGCUACCUCAACCCACACAGUUUCAUGUCGGCUGGAAGUUAAACAGCACACCGAUGGAAAAGAAAGCUGCAAGAUGCAAUAUAAUCUCGUACCCUGCAUCAUCACAGCUACACAAUAGCCACACAGCCAAUAUAAAUAAGUGGAGUGUUUUUGCUCUGCUGGUUAUCUGAGAGGUUGAAAAAAGGAAAGAUGUCGUAAUAUAGCGUCCCUUCUUUUUUUUUCUUUACCUGUGAAUUAUACAGCCAUUGCCUGGAUUUUUAAGAUUUAUUACGAUUUUACACGGCAUUGUUACAUUUAUUUAAAACUUGUUAUAUGAUGAGUGGAAAUGGAAAACGUUCUGAGUGCCAAAUCUCACAUUGAUUAAAAAACAGUAUUUCUCAAUUUAUACAUAGCUGAUUUCUAUCCAAAAAUUGAGAAUGUAUUCUGAUAGCACAGAAUAGUGCUACUUACCGCAUCACCGCAAAAAAAUAGUGAGACAAAUUGGAAAAUAAAUACUUAUUAAGAAAAUUCUACGUGUACCAACAGAAAACCGAUUUUUCUAAUUACCAAGAAGAAAGUUUUUACAAGUUGACAUUUUGGAGACAGUGGUUGUGUACCAAACACGCGUUGAUCCUUACAGAGCAGAAAACACGCGUUGAUCCUUACAAAGCAGAAAACAGCAAGCAGUCACUGUUAACAGUGCUGUUUACAAAAUGACUUUUGGCUUCUGUCUCGGGUACUUCGGCCGACGUUCGUCUGAUGAUUUUUCUGACGUUUCGCCAGCACGAGUGGCUGUAAUUAUCAAAGUUUCGCCCUCCACUGCUGGUGGUGGACUGUUUAAUCACACAAAUUUCGCCGUAACCGGUUUCGAACCGACAGAUUCGUCUUCAGACGACUGUUCACGUUUAUAUUUGUUGUUUUUUAUAUUACUUGUCAGCUGUUUUUUUCCCAACAAGUAACGCAAACAUAUAUGAACCCAUCGGUUCGAAAUCAGUAACAGCGCUACUAGUGUAAAUAAAUUUGGUGGCUCCUAUUUUCUUCGUUGCAAGAAUCAACGUGUAUUAGAGCUUACGCCGUCUCCCAACGCAUGUGGGAAAGACUUACUCCAUGGUUUGGCGCCUGGACCAAGUCUAGGGACAUUCAACAGAGUAACGAAAACACAAUUGCACGUAAAACGCGUUUUAUACGAAAAUGGCGCUUCGGACCUUUUUCACUCUUCAUGCCUUUAUGAUGAAAGAAGUUUGUCAAAUUAGUGAGAAAUGUUUUAUUUCAUCUGUUUUAUUGUUGCAAUAAUUCCGUUUGCUGGUUUACAUACAGCCGACAUGCUAAGAGAAUGUGAUUCUGUAUCUCUUAUUAUUAGCCUGUAACCGUCGCAGAAACGAAUGUUUCACACUUCUAUUCGAUGGUUAUGACUGAAGAAUGAUUAAUGAUUGAAUCUCACGCGAAUUAAGGAACAUACAAUUUUUAUUCGCUAAACUAUAAGGAAUCAGGGCUUCCAAGGAAUGCUCGGUGGCUGUUGUUCGUAAUAUUUCGCUGAGCUCUAUUGCGAUCUAUAGGGGUUUCGUGAUCGAUGGAACACCAUGUCCCACUAAAGUAAUACGCAGUUUGGAGCGUUGGGACGUCUGUAUCUCAUAUCCGUCUAGUGGUACAAUGCGCGAGGCUUUCGGAACUUGGAGAAAAGUACUACGGACCACGGGGUGGAUACGUAGAAGGCUGUGAGCGAUCAAAUGAAGCGGCGUGUGUUUAGAGGCACAGUGCGUCUGUUUCGCGAAAAUCAUAUCAAAUCACCUUCUUCUCCAUUCAAAGAAUAUCUAAAGUACCUAUCUGUAUUUUUUAUAUUUCAGAGAGAUUGUUUUCAAACAUUACUGCACAUCUGAGUAAUUCGACUGAUUUGUACAUAACUUGUGUGUAGUGAGACGUAUAUGCCCCAGAAAACUUCAUAACAUGUGGAAAACAUUGAUGCGUGGUAUGUCAAAGCCAUCUUCAAAUGUUAUGUUGUCAACUUGUGUUCGAUAUUUCGUAUUUUCCAUUGUCAGCCGAAUAAAUGUGUCUUUGCACUGA